UCGUAUAGCACUUUAGCUUCAUAGUCUUAGUCAGAUUUAACCACCCUGUUUUGAUCCUGAAUUCCCUCUGGCAGUCAGGUAGGCAUUAAACUGCGGGAAAAGGCAUGAGGAUGACUGAACAAAGGUGUAUACACCAGUUUCCCAAUCCCAAGUGCACAUUUACAUGUUUUCCUGCCCCAAAGGUACAGGAGACAACUCAUCGGCUAAUGAAUGUAGGUGUGUUAGAACAUGUGAAAGGCUCGUUCAUUAGACAAUUUUCUCCAGGACCUGAAAUGGGAAACGUUGGCAGACAGCAUACAUGAGGAUGUGCCAAUCUCAAAAUUACUUUCCAUACCGACUAUUAACAUCUCAACGAGCUAAUGGGAAUGGAAAAGCAAUGUGAUGUCCAAAAAAAAUUUUUUAACUGGAGCUUAGUAAGAUAAAGAUUUUAGAUUGAACUUAAUUGCAGACAUUUGCUCCAUAAAGUGCAAAUCAUUGGCUCACUGUUGGUCAUUUACUAGGUCACUGGUAUGUUGAAAUACCUGUUCUCAGGUCACUUCCUCUUGGUUUCACCCUUAAUAAGAGGCAGCUGAUCAGUUUCUGGCUGCACUGUGAACAGCAACAGAUGUGCGGAGUUUAGAGAAAGAGCUGCUCUCACUGGCCUUGCUGCUAGCCAUGUGCUAUAGUAUUCUUGGAGAGUUGUGGACAGUGGCUAGUCAUUCAAAUAAGUACUGUAGCACUGCAGUCCAGGCUGGAAGAGGUUGCACUCAGGACUGUUGCUGUAUUUGGGAUGAAGACAGAGCUGCUGCUAAGUACUGCUAUUGGAGCCUUUGGCAAACUUUGGACACUUUGUCUUUUAUUUGAUUUUAUGAGGCAUUUUAUAAAAGCAAAGACACCUGAUGCUAGCAUCCAAAUAUGCUAUUGUUGGCCAGAUUAGCUGUUGUUAUCUGAGUAUGACAAAGGAGAAGGAUGGGUGUAAGUGGGCAUAAUCAAAGAUAGUUGGUGUUUCACAUCUAACCUGAGUAUUACUACAAUUAUGCAGUAUAAACAUCACCGUAAUACAUGUUCAUAAGACAAAUUCCUGCAGGAUGCAUGGCUCUCAUGCUUACAUUUAUUCUAAAAUACAGUCAGCAGAAGAAUUAUAAGGAACUAAAAUUAAUACAUAAAAUAAAUAAAACAGGCACUGGCUGAUAUUUUGAACUGAACCAUAUGGGGACUCAGUAUAGUUCUGCUUAUCACAGUGUUGUUGUUUUUGUUGUUGUUGCUGUCCCCAAAAAAACAAAAAAACAACAACAAAAAAACACAGAAAUAUUGGCACUCUCACAAUAAAUCUCCUUAGAGAGAACAGCACUGAGCCUCUUCCUAUAAUCUAACAAAGUUGGAGACAUUUAUAGAGGGCUCUUGAACAUUUAAUUUCGAACUCUAUUCUUGUGUUCAAUAGGCCUUAAAGCCACAAUCUAAGAUGGCAUUUACAGAAUAUUCAGUGUUAAUCUGGAGGUAUGUUUGAUUCAUUAUCUUGCUGAAAGUUUACUUUAUGGCCAAGGUUUAACCUUGUGGCAGACAAAACCAUGUGUUGACCUAAAAUAUCCUGGCCCUUUCAUGAUUACUUUUCAUGAGAGCCUCUGGACCAACAGCCACGCACACAUACAAAAAAAGCUCCAGCCUCCUUCUAUUGAAACAUAAUAGGGUAGAUGAAAAUUGGAGUGAUAAUUAGUAAAUUCUAUGCCAACAUUACUGUUACUAAACAUUAAAUAGCAACCCUCAGAAUUAGUAUACCAAAACCCAAACCAAAUUGGACCAGACGAUUUGUAUUGUUUGAGUUCUUGGCUCUGUGUCCUGAAGAUGGGAAUGAUUUGCAAGCUUAAAUGUACUUACAUUAAAUAUAUUUGUACCAUGUUGCACUUGAGUGUCACUGUGUAUUCUAAGGUUUGGAAGUUAUUGCUGCUCGCAGCAAAUUUCGAUAAUGGUUCGCAGAAAUGAAUGAGUUGCCAUGUCAGAUCCAAUAAACAGUUUGUGCAUUUGAGAGAUGAGUCCAGAAUGCACUUUUAAGUGCGGAAAAUUGAACACAUUUUAUUUUCAUUCCAGUUCCAGGAAUAAUCAUGGAAGUGCAGGCAAAGUGACUGGAAUAGGACUUUUGCUUGGGGUUGAUCGAUGAUUCUGCUUUGGGAUAGAAUGAGAAUCUUAUUUGUCUGCACGGUCCUCUACUGUACUUGCUAUCUAGGGUUGGCCCAGGUGCAGCUUGAAGAUGUGGAUAUCCUCCAGAAGCUGGGCCUGGUGGGAAAAAGACCUUCAUCAGGGACACGAUCCACUCCAUUAGGCGUAAUUCCCUUCAAGUCAGGAGUUAUCCUCACCCAGCGGGUGCGAAUCGAAGUGCCUGUGAACACAGUGGUGCCAGUCCCACUGAGCACGGAGUUCUCCCUGAUCUUCAGCAUCUGCUCACAUCGCAUCAAUAAUGCUUUCCUUUUCACCAUUGUGUCAAAGAGGAAGAGACUACAGCUAGGGGUGCAGUUCAUCCCUGGGAAAAUUGUAGUCUAUGUUGGCCAAAAGAACUCUGUAUAUUUUGAAUAUGACAUUCAUAAUGGCCAGUGGCACAACCUGGCUUUGGGCAUCCAACCCCAAAGGGUCACUUUAUAUACUUCUUGUGGGAAGACAAGUGUACAUGCAAAUUUGCAUUUUAAAAAUGAGGAAGCUCUGGAUCCAGACGGCUUCUUUCUUUUAGGCAAAAUGAGCCAGAACUCAGUGCAGUUCGAAGGAGCCAUCUGCCAGUUUGACAUUCAUCCUUCUGCCAAGGCAGCUCACAACUAUUGUAAGUACAUUAAAAAACAAUGCAGGGAAGCUGACACCUAUCGAGCAAACCUACCGCCACUUUUGCCACUGCUGCGCCUGGAUCCCAAUAUCUCUGUCACUCUACGGACCCCGAUGACCAUAACUGAGCUAAUCAAAAAAGGUUUUACUCCCAGCCUGUCACAGGAUAAAACAAGGAUCAAUACUGAAAUCUCAGGAGGAGUUAAUACGUCCAUUCAAAUGACAUCCCAGUAUGGUUCCUUGUCUUUGUCUGUGCAUGGAACAGUACCACCAAGGUUGUCCAGACCAAACCUUCAGAUUCCCACACAGGCCAAAACACCAACUGUUACCCCCUUCCUUAGCACCAGCGUAUCCCAAACAUUCCCCAAGCCCACCCAGAAGAGCAGUCCCAAAAAGGGGGUAACUAUAAAACCCCAUAAAUCAAAAGAUAACUACAUGCCUGUCACAGCAAAACCAACCAUAAAGAAGUUAGAAAGUGUUCAACCUUCAGCAGCUACCAAACCGUCCAGCAUUUUGCCCAACUCGAAAAGGCAGCUGACUACUAUAGCAGUGAAGAGAUCCAUUCCAGAGGUGACCACCUUUCAGUACGCCAAGCCCAACUCUUUUGCACCUGUCACCCCUGCAGCAACAGAUGGUUUUCAAACAUCUGACCUGGAACCGACACAGUUUUCCUUCCUGGCUGGACCACCUGGACUACCUGGACUAAAGGGAGAGCCAGGACCACCGGGACCUCCAGGGGACCCUGGGAAGCCUGGAUUUCCAGGGAAAAGAGGGCCUCGGGGUCCUCCAGGUCCACAUGGAAUCCCAGGUCGCCCAGGGCCUAAAGGACUCAAGGGAAGAAAGGGGGACCCUGGACUCUCCCCUGGCAGAGCGCCAAAUGGAGCAAAAGGGGACCCUGGGAUAAUGGGACCACCCGGACUACCUGGACAAGCCGGUCGACAAGGACAAAAAGGUCAUCCUGGUCCACCUGGCCAUCCUGGAGAGCCUGGAGACCAAGGGCCAGAUGGAAACCCGGGUGCCAAAGGUUAUCCUGGCAGGCAGGGGUUGCCAGGGCCAAUAGGAAAUACAGGACCAAAAGGAGUUCGGGGUUUUAUUGGAAUGCCAGGGCUCUUUGGUCUCCCAGGACCUGAUGGAGAAAGAGGUACUCCUGGUGUUCCUGGGAAGAAGGGCAAGAUGGGUAGGCCGGGCUUUACUGGGGAUUUUGGCGAGCGAGGACCACCAGGGCCUGACGGAAAUCCAGGAGAACUAGGUCCACCUGGUCCUAGUGGGGUACUUGGCCUUAUUGGGGACAUGGGACCUCUUGGAAUCAUGGGUCUUCCUGGGCCUGAUGGACCCAAGGGGGUAUCAGGGAAUCCAGGAGAGCCAGGACUGAAAGGUGAUAAGGGGGAAAUUGGUUUGCCAGGAGAGCCUGGAGAGCCUGGAUUCCAAGGUGACAAGGGUAUUCAGGGUUUGCCGGGAAUGCCAGGCAUCCGAGGGAAGCCAGGGCCACAGGGGAAACCUGGAGAUCAUGGACCAGAUGGUUUAUCUGGCCCUCCAGGCCCAGAGGGAUUUCCAGGAGAUAUCGGACCACCAGGACAGAAUGGCCCAGAAGGCCCAAAGGGGAAGUCAGGAGCGACGGGCAUACCUGGUCCAAGAGGAGCACCUGGACUUGAGGGAGAUGAAGGACCAGUUGGACCUGCCGGGCCCCUAGGACUGGAGGGUAGGCCUGGGACCAAGGGAUUCUCAGGAAAACCAGGAGCAGAUGGGCCCCAGGGCGAGCCUGGAGUAACUGGAAAUGUUGGGAUGCUUGGAGAGAGGGGACUUGAGGGGUUUAAAGGGCCUCCCGGUGAGACUGGGCUUCCUGGAGAGAAGGGAGCUCGGGGAGAGACUGGGCAGCCAGGGCCACCUGGAGAAAAUGGAGCGAUGGGACACACAGGAAUACCAGGUGAGAGGGGACCACCUGGACCACCAGGAAUACCUGGCCCUCUUGGUUCUAGGGGUCUCAGUGGCACUAGAGGACCCAAAGGCAGAAGGGGGCCAAGGGGGCCUGAAGGACCACCUGGGGAGAAUGGGUCAGUGGGGCGCAAGGGUCUGGAUGGUCCACCAGGGAAAUUGGGUUUAACAGGCCAGAAGGGAAAAAUCGGUGAACCAGGGGAAGCUGGACCACCAGGAUUCCCAGGUAUCCAAGGACCCUCCGGAAUACCAGGAGCAAAGGGAAUCCCAGGAAUGCCUGGACCUUCAGGGCCAUCAGGAACAAUUGGCCCUUUGGGUGAGAUUGGCUUGAUGGGCCUACCUGGAAAAGUCGGGGAAGUGGGCUUACCUGGAGAACUUGGAGAGAAGGGAGCUGUUGGGCCUCCUGGAAACAUCGGUGAACCUGGCUUGAUUGGAAUAAGAGGCGAGCAUGGGCUCAGCGGAGAAACCGGGCAGAGCGGCCUUGAUGGAGCCAAGGGCGAAAAGGGGGACAUGGGAGUAGAGGGCGAGCAAGGAGAAAAAGGAGAAAUGGGACUGAAAGGAAAGGAGGGGCCACCUGGAGAUCCUGGCCUAGUUGGCGUCAGGGGUCCUGAAGGCAAACCUGGCAAAAUUGGUGAAAGGGGAAAACCAGGAGAGAAGGGUCACAAAGGUCACCAGGGUCACAUUGGCGAGACUGGACCGGUUGGUGAACGGGGUCCUGUGGGUUUCCCAGGAUCAAAAGGAAACAGAGGAACCAUUGGAUUUGUGGGUGCACCAGGAAAAAUGGGCCUUGAAGGAAAUCUGGGCCUGAAAGGAUAUGAAGGACACCAGGGAACUCAAGGUCCAAUUGGCCCCACAGGACCAAAAGGUGCAAAGGGUGAACCAGGGGAUGAUGGGAAGAUUGAAGGCCCUGCUGGUCCUCCAGGUGACAUCGGCCCUGUUGGUCCAAGAGGGGUCAGAGGAGAACCAGGUGACCCUGGCUACCCAGGUCAGCAAGGAAUAGAUGGAGAAAGGGGCAAACCUGGAGCUCCUGGAUUACCUGGAAACCCUGGUCCAAGAGGCAUUCUGGGAUCCAAAGGAUCCAAAGGCGAUCGAGGCCCAAAAGGCAAAAAGGGUGCUCGAAGUGAAUCUGGCAGCAGAGGGCCUCCUGGUCCUAUUGGUCCCCCUGGUCCCAGAGGUGUCGUUGGUCGAGAAGGACCUGAGGGAAGUCCUGGCAUGGAUGGAGCUCCUGGAAAAGAUGGGCCUAAAGGAAUGCCAGGGGAGCAGGGAAGUGAUGGAGAAGUGGGUUUACCUGGAAAGACAGGGCCACAUGGCCAAACAGGGCAACCUGGCUUACAAGGGAGUCAAGGAUCCUUUGGACCAAAGGGUGAGAGAGGCCCACCAGGUGAGAUUGGACCUAUUGGCAAGCGUGGAAUCCAUGGAACCAUGGGGAUGCAAGGGAAAUCAGGCAACCAUGGAGUUAAAGGCCAACCUGGCGAUCCUGGCGAGAGGGGAUUGUCUGGACCUCUUGGACACUUUGGACCUAAGGGUCCACCUGGUGAUGCUGGUCCUGCUGGUAUCCAGGGACCACGAGGACCACAGGGUUUGAUGGGAUCGAGAGGUGCCAUCGGACCAGUUGGAAUCAUCGGACCCAGCGGUUAUCCAGGACCUCACGGGGACAAAGGAAGUCGAGGGGAGAUGGGGGUACCAGGACCAAGGGGCCCUCCUGGACCUCGUGGCCCACCGGGACCCCCAGGUCCCCCUGCUUCUUCUCUGUCUCUUAAGAGUGAGGCACUUGGUGCUGCUUUUCAAGUCAUAUUUGAUUCCUACUCUGCACUGAGGUCUGAGACAUACUCAGACAUAGACAUUCCCAUGCUGGACCAGGGAACCGAGAUCUUUAAGACCCUUCACUACCUCAGUAACCUGAUCUACAGCAUCAAGAACCCACUGGGAACGCAGGAGAACCCAGCCAGGAUGUGCCGGGACCUGCUGGACUGUGAGCACAGAGUGAAAGAUGGCACUUAUUGGAUUGACCCAAACCUGGGAUGCUCCUCUGACACAAUUGAAGUCACCUGCAACUUCACAGGCAGAGGUCAGACUUGCCUGAGGCCGCUCACUACAUCCAAGUUAGAGAUGGGUGUAGGAGUGAUCCAGAUGAACUUCAUUCACCUGCUGAGCUCAGAGGCAGUGCAGCUUCUCACCAUCCACUGCCUGAACGUGUCUGUGUGGGCAGAAGGGGCAUCCAAACCUCCAUCCCACAAUGCUGUGAGCUUCAAGGCCUGGAAUGGAGAGAUAAUCAAGGCUAGAGGACUCAUUCGGCCUGAACUGCUAAAGGAUGAAUGCUGGAUGACAGACGGACGGUGGCAUCAGACCCAGUUCCUUUUCCAGACACAGGAGCCCAACCUGUUGCCUAUAGUCGAUGUGCUGAACCUCCCAAACAAAAAAGCAGGCUUUAAUUAUCACCUGGAGGUGGGGCCUGUGUGCUUCAUAUAGAGGACAGAAGGAAAGAACAGAGAGGAAUAGGACUAAAGCUUUGUGCUCUGUGAUUUUUGGGCUCUCACUGCUCAGACCUGGACUGCAGACUCAGCGUGAAGGAAAAUGAGAUCCAGAGCAUCUUGAAAGUAAACAAGACUUCUCAAGCUGGAGGCUUAAUGGACAAAAAGCUAUUUUCUUUAAAGGACUACUUUUUCUCUUCAGCUGUUUCUAAAAGAAGACUUAAAAGAAACUUUGAGCAAUCCGUCUCAAGCUGCCAAAAGAGUUAAUUUAUUCACACAUUUGUGCUUUACGCACAAGAUUUCCUGUUACAGAUGGGUGCCGAAUUGUUCAACACAUAUUUGCAUUUACAGUACUUAUUUUGUAUCUUUUUUUUUUUUUUUUUUUUUUUACACAUGAACAUAUGUAUUUAUAUGUGUAUGUAUAUUUUUUGUAAAGUGCAAUGUGAGAAAGAUUUUGUUGUAUAAAGGGAAAUCCUAUAUUUGGCUGUUCAAGUGAAUCAAGGUUUACUGUCACUCAUAUUGACUUUUUUCAGGUUUGAUGCAUGUGUGUGUGUGUGUGUGUGUGUCUGUCUGUCUGUCUGUCUGUCUGUAGGUCUUGUUCUAAUGAUACUUGGUGGAUAUUGGAUUAUACAGUCCCAUUUGAAAGAAUUGGAAUGGCAAGGCCAAUUUCUUUAGGUUUUUUUGCUAUAAACUGAAGACAUUGGGGAUUGAAAUCAAAAGUUGAAUAUGAAUUGAUAGAUCAGAAUUUCAGCUUUCAUUUCUUGAUAUUUACAUUUACAUUUAUUCACUUAGUAGACGCUUUUAUCCAAAGCGACUUACAAAUGAGAAAAAUACAAGCAAAAUAUUACAAAAGAUAUUACAUCUACAUGUGUUAAGCGACUUAGAACAUGGCAGCUUUGGUGGCAGACCACCUAAUUUAUAGGUGAACAAAAGUACUGGAGUAGAUAGUUUUAAAGAAAAUUCGAGUAAAUAACACUUCGUAUUUGGUUGCAUAUCCCUUGCUUGCAAUAACUACAUCAAGUUGGGUGAUCCACUGUUGCAUUCUUCUUUUGUGAUGCUUUUUCAGGCUUGUACCACAGCUUCUUUCAGUUGUUGUUUGUUUUGGGUGGGGGUUUCUCCCUUCAGGAGGUGAAAUGCUGCUCAAUUGGGUUAAGGUCUGGUGAUUGACUUGGCCAGUCUAAAACCUUCCACUUUUCCCUUAAUAAAGUCCUUUGUUGUGUUAGCAGUGUGUUUUGGGUUAUUGUCUUGCUGCAUGAUGAAGUUCCUCCCAAUUAGAUUGGGAUGCGUUUCUCUGUAAAUUGGCAGACAGAUUGCUUCUCUAAUCUUCUGAAUUUAUUUAUUCUACCAUCACUGCUACCAUAAUGAGUUACAUCAUCAAUAAAAAUUUGUGAGCCCAUUCCACAAGCAGCCAUGCAAGCCCAAGCCAUGAUACUACCUUCACCGUGCUUUACUGAUGAGCUUGUUUGUUUUGGAUCAUGAGCAGAUCCUUUAUUUCUCCACACUUUGCCCUUUCCAUCACAUUGGUAGAGGUUAAUCUUGGUCCUAGAACUUUUUGUACUGCUGAUGAGUGGUUUGCAUUUUGUGGUAUGGCUUCUAUGUUUCUGCUCUCAAAGUCUUCUUCAAAUGGUGGAUUGUGAUACCUUCACCCCUGCACUGUUGAGGUUGUUAGUGAUGUCACUGACUGCUGUUUUUGAGUUUUUCAUCACAGCUCUCACAAUGUUUCUGUCAUCAACUGUUGUUUUCCUUGGCCAACCUGUUCCAUGUCAGGUUGUUAGUACACCAGUGGUUUCUUUUUUUUCUCAGACCAUUCCAAAUUGUUGUAUUGGCUAUGCCCAAUGUUUGUGCAAUGGCUCUGAUUCAUUUUUACCCUCUUUUCUCAGCUUUAAAAUGGCUUGCUUUUCUUCCAUAGUCAGCUCUCUGGUCUUCAUGUUGAUUUAUCCUUUUUAACAACAAAUGCAAUCUUCACAGGCAAAACCCAGGUCUCAAACCAGGAGUAGACAUUCACAGCUGUUAAUUGUUUAAACAAUCAAUCUAACAGGGAAAACUUGUGCAACAAGAAACCCUUGAGAAUUGGCCUUGCUAUUCCAAUACUUUUAGAGGGGACUGUAUGUUAAGGUCAGGAAUAACUGUGCAUGAAUAUAUGCAUCAACACAUACACAUACACUCAACAUACACAUCAACACAUAACUCAUGUAACUUAUCAGGUUUAGUUAACAUUGACGGAGGUGGUUUCAAGCUUGAAAGUAUCAUUAAAUGUCUACCUCCAAUCUCACAUUUUUAUGGUGCUCUAGGAAUAUCAGCUUUUAACAAAUAAAAAACUAUAUGCGUCUUCUGUGGUUGCCUUUGAAAUAUAGUUUGUUCUGUCAUCCAACAAGUGUCUAUAGAUGAAGUGCCUUUUUUUUUUUUUACUUUGAAAGGGAAUAUUUUUGUAUGAACAGAAAAAAGAAAAAAUAGUGUCCUUUUUAUAUGCCAUCUUGCCUAGAACAUUUUUGAUGUAUGCCUUGUGUACAAAUCCUUGAAUUCUGCUAAGAGCUUAAGAAGAAAAAAAGAAGUGUUUUAUGUUUUCAUACUUUAUUCAGCGUGAAAGCUGGAUCCAUCCAGUGUUUUAUUACCUGUACUACUAAACAUGGUCUACAUAUGAAUCCCCAUUGCUAUAAAAUAAUAAUCAGAAAUGCAAUGUCUCCUUUUGGCAUGUGAUCCAUAAGCCCUGUCUGACUGCACACGUGAUCAUUUGACAUUAAAAAAGUGCUCUUAAUAAAAUGUGUCUGUGCACGAAUAAGAUACACACUUUUCCAUGGAUCAUUCUAAUUGAAAUUAAGGGCACUAAGCCGUUUUUCCUACAAGUAGCUCUUAAAGCUGCACCCAUGACCCUGAUUAGAAAUGUAUUUUUAUUCAAUUACAUAUUUUUUCUUUUCUUAUUCCCGCCAAUUCUGACCAACUUAGAGAUACAUGAAAUAUUUGUGGUGCGAACAGCUUUAUUGUGAGCCAUGUUAUCUCAACAUGAGGGGGUGUUCAAGGCAUUUUUGUUCUAUUGUGUGUACAUUUUAGGUUUCUGUGUUUGUGUGCUCCUUUUUACAAUAACCCAUGUGUGCUAUGACUGUAUUUUCCCCCCACAAAUACCCAAAUUAUAGCCCUCCAUGUCUGUGAAUGUUUUCCAUUUCUUCCGGUAUGUUUUAUGGAUGGAAUACCUCAUGUUGCAAACCAAGGAAUGUUUUUUUUUUUUUUUUUUUGGUCUCCUGAAUUUGUGAACAGAAGGUUGAAGUCAUAAUCAUAAUCAAAAUCCUCCUCAUGUCUGUACCAUCCUGAAUAUUCCUCAGUCAUUUCACCCUCUUAUUUACCUCUGAAUAAACAGCUGGGUGGUCAGUAAA